AUGGAGCUGGGCCGCGCGCCCCCGUGCGCGCCCCCGCCGUUCGCGCGCGUCGCCCCGGCGCUCUUCAUCGGGAGCGCGCGCGCCGCGGGUGCGUCUGAGCUGCUGGCGCGCACGGGCGUCACGCUGUGCGUCAACGUCUCCCGCCAGCAGCCGGGCCCGCGCGCGCCCGGCAUGGUCGCGCUGCGCGUGCCCGUGUUCGACGACCCCGCCGAGGACCUGCUGGCGCACCUGGAGCCCACCUGCGCCACCAUGGAGGCCGCGGUGCGCGCCGGCGGCGCCUGCCUCGUCUACUGUAAGAACGGCCGCAGCCGCUCAGCCGCCGUCUGCACCGCCUACCUCAUGCGGCACCGCGGCCUCAGCUUGGCUCAGGCCUUCGAGGCAGUGAAGCGCGCCCGCCCUGUGGCUGAGCCCAACCCAGGCUUCUGGUCUCAGCUCCAGCAGUAUGAGGACCAGCUCCGGUCCCAGCCCGGCCUGCCCCAGGCACCUCCGGGGACAGUUCUUCCCAGCGAGGACUGCCCCACAGAGUGCACAGAGAGCCUCUAGAGUACGCUUCAGCCUUUGGGGAUGGCGCCCCUCGAGCACGCUGCAUCCUCGAAGUGGGGACACCCGGGGCUUCCAUGUCACCUUUCCAGGCCUGCAGCUCCAGGUGUGGGGACAUUUGGACACUGGUCAGAGAGUGGCCCUUCCUCCCUUUCUCUCUGUCAGAGCAGUUCCUUCCUCUCCUCUCAGACGAGUCUUCACUUCCCCUUUAAGCUUUAUCUUCCUGAAAUACAGCUCGGGGGGGUCUUGGGAUGGUGGUGCAGCAGGGUAGCCACUGACAAGGGGGCUGGGAGGCCCACGGCUGCCCAAGACAGACUUCUUCUCUCUGGUCAGCCACGGUUUACUAGACAGAGUUUGCUCAGGAAAAUCAAAACCACUUGAAGAAUUUUAGGUAGAAAGCAAUUUAACGCAGGGAAGUUGAGGCUGGGGGAGCCAGGGCCACGAGAGCCACUGUUAGCCCUCGGGAGAUCUGGAGGGGCCUGAGACCUGCCACCCUGAGCCUAGCCACCUGCAGCGCUGGGGUAGGCAACUCUCCAGAGGACCCCGAGAAUCUCGAGCUCGCCAGCUGCUGCAAGCCUCUCUUUCCUCCCGCCUCCCAGAUCUCACACUGGUCCCAUCACAGGGUCCGACGAUAGGAGGAUGGGACAUACAGCUCCCAGCAGCUGUGGCCCGUGGGCGAGGGCAGAAGGACGGGCGCCUUCCAGCUACUCAGUGUCCAGGCCCUCCUUCUGCCUUCUUUGCUCUCCCGCCAUCCCCAGCAACAGCCUCGGACUAGAGCCUAGCGCCACGCUGCCUCGGCCAGCCUGACGGCCCGAGGAUGUCCCAGUCCCUAGGAGUGGAGGGCCCCGCCCAUUGCCACGUUCGUCCAAGCGUGCGGAUUCCUCCUCUAGCUCAGACGUGGCCUCACCCGGACACCCAGCGACCUGAAACUGUCUUAGAAACUAACCACCACCCACAUGCUUAAGAUAGCGGGGAGAGAGAAGAGGAAAGAAUGUAAUACAUGCAAAUUACAGACAAUAUUUUGUUGUUGCUAUGGCGCCUCUGAGUCGGUUCCCACUC